GACCAUGAGGGUAAAUCAGCACACCUUGCUGCUAGGAAAGAAGGUGGUCCUGGUCCCCUACACUUCCAGGCAUGUACCCAGAUAUCAUGAAUGGAUGAAGUCAGAGGAGCUAAGGCGCCUAACAGCCUCGGAGCCCCUAACUUUGGAGCAGGAGUACGCGAUGCAACGCAGCUGGCGGGAUGAUGCUGACAAAUGCACGUUCAUUGUGCUGGAUGCAGAGAAGUGGCAGGCGCAACCAUGCCCUUCAGAAGAGAACUGCAUGAUGGGAGAUGUGAACCUCUUCCUCACCGACCCCGGGGACCCGACCUUGGGGGAGAUUGAGGUCAUGAUUGCGGAACCGAGCUGCAGGGGCCGGGGCUGUGGCACUGAGGCAGUGCUCAUGAUGUUGGCAUAUGGUAAGAGCCUGGCGCCCCCAACCCCUACCCCAGAUCCUGGUGUUGGGAUCAGCCUUUUUGGUCCAAAGUGGGGAUUCAGGCGCUGUUCUUUCAUCCCUCUCCCCUUCUUUUUUCUGGUAGGAAUGUCCAAGCUUGGCCUGACUACGUUUGAGGCUAAAAUUGGGCAAGAAAAUGAACAGAGCAUGGGCCUGUUCCGCAAACUUCACUUUGAACAGGUGGCUCUGAGCACAGUGUUUCAGGAGGUGACACUCAGACUGAGGAUAGGAGAGUCUGAACGACAGUGGCUGCUGGAACAGACCUGCCAUAUGCAGGAGCAGCCCUACCGAGAGGGGUCACCGGGACCCCACUGACUGCGGCCCUGAGCACAGGAAUGCCAGGGACAGGAGUGUCCCUUGGUCUGCAGGAGACA